AUGGAAUCGGCUACGCUGCUUGAAAAUAGCUAUUGGGGCUACUGGGCGACGGUUGGCUUAUUCGCUCUCAUUUUUAUGUGUGCGACUGCUAUUGGAGCUGUCACAUACAAUGUCUUCUUCCACCCCUUGGCGAGAUUCCCUGGACCGAGGUUUGCAGCGACUACGAGACUCGUGAAGCAUUUCAAAGCUAUCCAGGGGGUGCAACACCAAUGGAUCAAGGAACAGCACGACAUAUACGGGCCGGUUGUGCGAAUUGGACCCAACAUCUUGAGCUACACAAACCCCGAAGCCCAGAAGGAUGUCUGCGGUCACAGAACUGCAACGCACAAGGCUAACCUGAAGGACUUUACUUUCUUUGCAAAAGAAGUCAACGGUGUUCCGUCCCUUGUAAGUAUCGAAGAUCAUGAAGAGCAUGGUCGAGUGCGUCGCAUCUUCUCGAACGCCUUUUCCGACAAAGCGCUCAAAGAACAAGAGCCCCUUAUUCGGAAGUAUGCCGACAAGCUUGUGGCUUCUUUGACAAAUCAGGUAGCAGCAGGAAAGGCUCCGGACAUUGUCAAGAUGUACAACUGCGCAACGUUCGACGUCAUGGGGGACCUGUGUUUUGGCCAAUCCCUCGGACUUCUGGAAGACUCGGAGUACUCUCCAUGGGUGAAAGCUAUCUUUGAGGGCUUCAAGGCACUUCAGCUGGCUGGCGCGUCUCGCGAUUAUCCAUUCUUUGCUCCUCUGCUUGACCUUCUCAUACCACGAUCACUUCAGAAGAAGCGUCAAGACCACUUUCAAUACUCUGCCGACCGUGUCAACAAGCGCCUCAAUACCAACACGGACAGGCCCGACAUCUGGACUCUUGUUCUCCGCCACCAAGAGAAGGGUAAUGGUCUCUCCAUGGCGCAGAUGCACUCAAAUGCAUCUCUCUUCAUGGUAGCAGGUACAGAGACCACAGCGACUCUAUUGAGCGGGUUGACCGAUCUACUACUCAAACAUCCCGACAAGCUUGCUAUAUUGACGGCUGAAAUUCGCAACUCUGUCACCACCACUGAUGAGUUGACUAUCAACAAUCUGCAACGUCUUACCUAUCUUCAAGCUUGCCUCACCGAGGGGCUACGCUUAUACCCGCCUACCCCACUUGGCUCUCCGCGCAUUGUUCCUGAAGGCGGAAAUGUUAUUUGCAAUGAGUUUCUUCCUGCCGGAACAAACAUAUGCGUCAACUACUGGGCCGCCUUUCGAUGCGCCGACAAUUUUUACAGACCCGAAGCCUUCCUUCCGGAACGCUGGCUGCCAGAGCCCCCACACGAGUUCGCAAAUGAUAAGAGAGACGUCAUGCAGCCAUUCUCCGUUGGCCCAUAUGCCUGCUUGGGAAAGAAUCUUGCCUACCACGAGAUGCGCCUCAUCCUGGCCAAAGUGCUCUAUAACUUCGAUUUGGUCCCUUACGUUGCUAAUGAGAGUAAGAUGGACAGGGACUGGUCGGACCACAAAGUGUUCGGACUUUGGGAGAAGCCUCCUCUACCUGUCAAGCUUGUUAAAAGAUCUUAG